AUGGUCAACAUCACGAACGUCGACCUGCUCACACUGGCAACGAGCUACCAGUACGCAUACCAGAUCCAAUCGAUUGCCAAUGCCUCGACGGACCAUGUCUCUUUCAUCUCCUACGACGACUCUUUCGCCAACAUCCUCGGACCCAACCCAACCCAGGAAAUGGUAGCCAACUACCCAUACGCGGCCUUCCACGAAGCAGGCGUCUACAACCAAGCCACCGGCAAGCUCUACGCAACCUCGAACUGGAACGGCUCCUUCUCCAACCCAAUCAAUGUGACCACCAUCGACAUCCACAACAACGAUGCCAUCGACUCGAUCCGCUACCCCCAUCUCCACGAAGCCAACGGCGCCGCAGCCUACUACCCACCCAGCACCCCGGCCAACAGCAGCGCAGGCCAACAGAUUGUCUUCUGCGACGAAGGCGACCUCGUGCACCCGUCCCAACUCGUCCUCGUCGACCCCGCGAGCGGCGAUAGCUCCGUCCUGCUGAACAACUUCCUCGGUCGCAACUUCUCCAGCCUCAACGACGUGGAGCAGCACCCGGAGACAGGCGACCUCUGGUUCACCGACGCGAGGUACGGAUACUGGCAGUACUUCCGCCCCGAGCCUGUGAUAAGGCCGCAGGUGUACCGUUUCUCGCCUUCCACUGGUGUCGUGCAAGCAGUGGCGGACGACUUCAUUGCUCCGAAUGGGCUGGAGUUGAGUCCGGAUUUAAAGCACGUUUAUGUCACGGAUACCGGCUCGCACACUUUCCCUGAUAAGGAUAAUCUUACGGACCCGGCGACGAUAUACCGCUUUGACAUCACGGGUGAUGGGAAGAGGUUGGCUAAUCGCCAAGUCUUUGCAUAUUCGGAGUUCGGGUUCCCAGAUGGGAUUCAUACGGAUACGGAGGGGAAUGUGUACUCGGGCGUCGGUGAUGGGGUUAACGUAUGGAAUCCGCAUGGGGAGUUGAUUGGAAAGUUUGCGGUUGCAAAUGGAGGGUCGAAUAACUUCGCCUUCGUGCCUGGGGGGAUGUAUAUUUUCAACAAUUACCGGUUGUUCAAGGUUACGAUACAGGCGGAGGGAAGGACUGUGAAGAGGGAUUUUGGGUUGGGUUAG